AUGUAUAGCAACCUAUGUAUGCAUAGUUAUAAGUACACAUUGAUACUGCCCAAUAAACCAGUUCCUAAUUGGCCGUCUUGCGUUUCACUUGUACCGUACAUUACAUUGGCGCAGUCGUAUUUUUUAUUCGUGGUGCAUUCAUUUCGUUAUAUCUAUUCAAUUUCGUGAACAAUAACAAUGGUGCUCGGAAAAAUUGAAGUUUUCGACGUGAAUUCUCAAGACUGGGAUGCUUACGUGCGCAGAUUGAAACAAUUUAUCGCGCUUAAUGAGAUAGAUACGAAGUUGCACGUGGCCACGCUCGUCACCGUUGUGGGCGAGGUGUGCUACGAGCUGAUGUGCGACUUGUGUGCACCGGACCUACCUGAAGACAAAACAUUCGAUGAACUCGUUCAGAUUGUGAAAGUACAUUUGGAACCGCAAAGGUCGGAAAUUGCAGAACGGCAUGUUUUUCGGCAAAGGAAGCAGUUACAUGGCGAAACUAUCAGCGACUACCUUCAAAAUUUGAAACAUUUGGCCAAAAGUUGCAAUUUUGCCAAUCAGUUGGAGAUUAACCUACGUGAUCAAUUCGUGUCUGGUCUCCACAAUGAGGAGAUGAGAUCCAGGCUGUUUGCCGAAAAGAACAUCGACUACAAGCGAGCUGUGGAGCUGGCGCUGGCGCUGGAGGCGGCGGAGCGGCAUGCGGCGUGCGCGGGCGCGGCCGGCGGGGCAGCGGCGGCCGGCAGCAGCGCGCGGGACGACGGGCUGCACCGCGUGGCGGCGGCGCCGGCCCGGGGCAGCAGCGAGCAGCCGCCGCCGCGCCGCCAGUGCUCCCGCUGCGGGAAGCCUGGCCAUGUGGCGGGCAGGUGCCGCUACAAGCAUUAUUCUUGUGAUCAGUGUGGUGAAAAAGGGCAUUUAAAAGUGGUUUGUCAUAAAAAAAGUGACAGUGCAAGACCGUCAAGAGGUCAAUAUUUCCUAGAAGAAUCAGAUGUUGAGGACUGUAACUUCUAUAACUUGGUUUCUGAAGGUAACGAUAAGCCAUACUAUCUUAAAUUACAAGUGGAAAACAAAUUAUUUAACUUUGAAGUGGAUACUGGAAGUAAAAUUUCAGCCAUAUCUAAGAAUAUUUACAACAAAUAUUUUCCAAACAAAAAAAUUGUAAACAAACAAUUGAGGUUAAGAUCAUACACAGGCGAUAUAAUAGAACCAUUAGGAUAUAUUACGGUGCAUGUUACUUUUGAACGUCAUUCCGCUAAAUUGGAUUUGUAUGUAAUCGAAAAUGGGGGCCCUCCACUGAUGGGACGCAGUUGGAUACGUGAGCUGAAUGUCACCUCAAUACCUUGUCACUCGUUAUCAGAGGAUGACCCUCUCCUACAACAGUUGCGUGAUGAGUUUCUGACGGUAUUUGCUGGUGGGCUGGGCACGUACCGGUCCCGCAUGCGGUUCCACCUGGCGGACGAGACGCCGGUGUUCGUGAAGGCGCGGCCGCUGCCGCUGGCUCUGCGCCCGCGCGUGGAGCAGGAGCUGGAGCGGUUGCAGCGCGAGGGAGUCAUUUAUAAAGUCGAAAGGUCUGACUACGGCACUCCUAUAGUGCCCGUUGUUAAAUCUAAUGGAGAUAUCAGAGUAUGCGGAGACUACAAAAUUACAAUAAAUAAACUUCUCAAAGAGUUUCAUUAUCCGCUGCCGCGCAUCGAUGAGAUAUUUACAGCUCUCGGCGGUGGCGAGCAGUACACCAAACUGGACUUGUCCCAUGCGUACCAGCAAGUACUUUUGUCGGAGGAGUCACAGCCGAUGACGGCCAUCACAACGCACAUUGGUACGUUUGUGUACAAGCGGGUACCCUUCGGUAUUAAUUGCGUGCCCGAAAAUUUCCAAAAAUUGAUGGAAGAAACACUAUCAGGUGUACCGUCAACGGUUGUGUUCCAAGACGACAUCUGCAUCACUGGGCGUGAUAAGGAAACUCAUUUGCAUAAUCUUAGACAAGUUCUCAAUAGAUUGAAAGACGCCGGCUUAAGAAUAAAUUGGUCUAAAUGUGAAUUUUUCAAACAAUCGGUGACUUAUUUAGGUUAUCGCAUUGAUAAAGACGGUUUGCAUACCGAUGAAAGGAAAAUUAAGGCAAUAGUUGCCGCACCGACUCCUGAGAAUGUUACACAACUUAAAGGAUUCUUAGGGCUUGUGAAUUUCUACUCUAAAUUCUUUUCAAACCUCAGUAGCAUUUUAAAACCACUGUAUAACUUACUUAAAAGCAAUGUAAAGUGGGUGUGGAGUGAAAGUUGCAAAGUAGCAUUUGACAAAGCUAAAGAAUUACUGGGUAGUAAACCGGUGUUGGCGCACUACGACGCGAGCUUGCCUCUUAUCCUUUCAGUAGACAGCAGCGCGUACGGACUGGGCUGCGUGCUGGCGCAGCGCGGCGCAGACGGCGUGGAGCGGCCGGUCAGCUGCGCGUCGCGCACGCUCAACGAACACGAACUCAACUACUCGCAGUUCGACAAGGAGGCGCUGGCGAUUGUUUUUGGUGUAAUGAAACACCAUCAGUAUUUAUACGGUAGGCAUUUUACUUUACGAAGUGACCAUCGUGCAUUGAGUUUUAUUUUUGGGAAAAAUAAAGGUAUUCCUCAAACGGCAGCCAGCAGAAUUCAAAGAUACGCUGUGUUAUUAGCGGCAUACAACUUUGAUAUUGAAUUUAUAAGUUCAGCAAAAAAUUAUCAGGCUGACGCUUUAUCGAGAUUGCCACUAAAGAACGAAGAUAACAGGGACGCGUCAGAGUUACCCUCUUAUGAUUUCAGUUAUCUAAACUAUGUCGAAGAUAAUUUUCCUGUUACUUUUCAGGAAGUUAAAUCUGAAACUAUUAAAGAUCCGUUGUUAUCAAAAGUUAUGAAUUAUGUGAAGUUUGGUUGGCCACCGAAAGUAGACACACCAAAUGAAAGAGCCUUCUUUGUUCGAAAAGAAUGCUUACAUCUGGUGCAAGACUGUUUAGUUUGGGGAUACCGAGUAGUUAUACCGUCUAAACUUCGCAGUUCAGUGUUAGACGAGCUUCACGAAGGUCACUGCGGCAUAGUCAAAAUGAAGCAAAUAGCUCGCAAUUACUUUUGGUGGGAGCGACUAGACGAGGACAUCGAGAGGACGGCGCGCGCGUGCGCCGCGUGCCGCGCGCUGGCGGACCGGCCCGCGCCCGCGCCGCUGCACAGCUGGGCGUGGCCUGCGGAGCCCUGGGCCCGGAUCAACAUUGACUUCUUGGGAACACUGAACACUGCACGACAAAGAAGGAGCCAGCAGUCGCACUAAUGGGCAGGAGACUGCGGGGCCGCCUGGACCUGCUGCGCGCGGACACGGCGGAGCUGGUGCAGGACAGCCAGCAGCGGCAGCACCAGCGCCGCG